AUGCAGGGCUGGAACGUCCUGUGGGUGCCGGGCACCGACCACGCCGGCAUUGCCACCCAGGCCGUGGUGGAGCGCUGGCUGUGGCAGCACCGCGGGUGCCGCCGGCAGGAGCUGGGCCGGGAUCGGUUCCUGAGCGAGGUCUGGGGCUGGACAGAGCGGCACGGGCAGCAGAUCCUGCAGCAGCUGCGGGCGCUCGGGGCCUCGCUGGACUGGAGCCGCUGCGCCUUCACCAUGGACCCCGGUUUCUCCCGCGCUGUCACCGAGGCCUUCGUGCGUCUCUUCGAGGCCGGGCUGAUCCGCAGGGACCUGAGGGCGGUGACCUGGAGCUGCGCCCUCAGAUCGGCGCUGGCGGAUGUGGAGGUGGAGCCCCGUGUCCUGAAGGGCCCCACGGCGCUGAGUGUCCCCAACUGUCCCCACCCCGUCACCUUCGGCGUCCUCGUCACCUUCGCCUACCCCGUGGAGGGGGACGACGGGUUGGAGGUCCCUGUGGCCACCACCCGCCCUGAGACGCUCUUUGGGGACGUGGCCGUGGCCGUGCACCCACAGGACCCCCGGUACCUGCACCUGCAGGGCCGGCAGGUGAGGCACCCGUUCACCGGGGCCCUGCUGCCCGUGGUGAGCGACCCCAGCGUGCAGCCCCAGCUGGGAACCGGUGCGGUCAAGGUGACCCCCGGGCACAGCCCCCAGGACCUGGCGCUGGCCCGGGCCCACGCGCUGCCGCUGCUCUCGGUCAUCGCCGACGACGGCACCUUGUGUCCCCCGGGCGGGGGGUGGCUGCAGGGUGUGCCCAGGUUCGAGGCCCGGGCUCAGGUGGUGGCAGCGCUGGCACAGCGGGGGCUGCUCCGGGGGGUGACCGACCACGCCAUGACCCUGCCCCUGUGCAGCCGCUCCGGUGACGUCGUUGAGUUCCUGCUGAAGCGUCAGUGGUUCCUCACCUGCGGGGACAUGGCCCGGGAGGCGCUGCAGGCGGUGGCGUCGGGGCGGCUCCGCCUGGUGCCCAAAUUCCACGAGAAGAACUGGAAGAGCUGGAUGGAGCGCGCGGGGUGA